UUCAGUUUUCAGUUUUUUGCUUACAGUUUGUUUGACUUUUUGACUUUUAUAGUUUUAUUCUUCUAAUUCCUAUCAGUUCAGCUGAUAUCCGUAGAGUUUCUCUUGUUUCUUUUUCAGAGUUCCAUGGGACGCAGAUUCGUAAUUAUUAUAUUUUGGACAGUUUUGAUUAUUUGAAUUUACUUCUAUAGAAUCACGAAAUUGCUUGAUAAAUCUGGCUUGUCUGUCGAACAGCAUCUGUUCAUUUCAAUCGUUUCGGUCGGGCUGCGAAUUUACGACAAUUUUCCGUUUCGUGAUCCUUUCAGCUUUUAUGCAGCAGUUUUGAGGGUAUCGACUCCCUGCCGUGGUAAGACAGUGGGCCAUGCGCCCCUCUCUCAUUUUCCUCUCCCUGCCAUCGCGCCUUCCCAGCCGCCUGUUUUUUCGCCGCUGCAUCUUCACCCCGCCGCAUGAACCCCGUGGGGGAUCGCCGUUCGGCGCGAAGGGCCGCGACUGGCGUCUGGUGGCCGGCGGCCAGUACGCGGGCCAUUCCAAGAUGGAUAUCCGGGCGCCCCUAAACACCAAGAAGUACGGCCUCUUCACGCCCUUCUACCACUUCCCCUUCAUCGUGCACGUCCGCGCCCUGCAGCGCAUGAAACUCUACCAGACCGUCGGCGCCACGCUCCUCACCGGCGGCGUUAUCGCCGCCGCCAUCGCGGGGCUUGAGCUCUCGCCAAUCGCGGUGCCGAUCAUGAUGAUGGGCAAUGUGAUGGCCUUCGCGUUCCUGCUCAUCACGACCAUCGCGUUCCAGCGCUGGAUCGGGCGCAUGUACAUCAAUGAGGCUAAGGAUAAGGUGCUCAUCUCCCAUCUGACGUUCUGGGGACAGCGGAACAACGUCGUCUUUCCCAUCUCAGACAUCACCCCGUUGGGCCAUCUGGCCCCGGGACGCUUCUACACGCACGUGCCCCGAUUAUCGGAUCCGAAGGACUACUACACGCUGUGUACGCGCUUCGGGGGGAUCCUGGAUGGGGAGGCUUUUAACAGGGUGUUCGGCGCAGACACCAUGACCUACUUCACGGAGGCCGCGGCAGCGCUGGAUAAGAUGCAGCGCAACGCAGAAAAACCGACGAUACCGGCGCAACCACCAGUUGAAGUGGAAAUCAAAGAGCCGGCCAGUAGAAUAAAGCCAAAAAUACAGCGGUCACAAAAAUCGUGAGAUAUGGUGAGAAAUUGUUUUUGUAAAUUCUGUGGGAGUUUUAUUCUUUCAAUCCUGUAAUUCGGAUUGUUGUCCUGGCAUCCGGCAGCGCGGAUAAUGGACCGUAACGCUGAUGGGUAUAAACUAUCGCUGGUAAAACGGAAAAAUUGCAGCGAAAAUAAAGCUGAUGGAAUUGGUUCAAUCUAAUAACUUUUUGUUUUUUCCACGUAAAUAUGUAUUGAAAAUUUGCAGUGAACAUUCGGUAUUCCAGAAACCA